UGGUGCAAUUCUCUCUCUCUCUCGUCUGCUUCCUCAAUCGUUCCGGUCUUCGUCAAUUGUCCCUCUUUUGUUCGGUUAGGUUUCGAUCGGCGGUCGGCAUGAAGCUCUCCUUCAACGCCUCCAAGAAGCCCCCGAAGCCGGCCGCCAAGCCCCUCUCCGCCGCCGAAGCCGCCACCUUCCCCUUCGCCGACGACGGCCGCGGCGAUGCCGCCCCGCCGCCUCCGUCGGCGGCGCGGGAGCAGAUCACCCUAUUCGAUUCCUCCGACGCCCCGGCGGAGGACGGGACCCGCAGGAACCUGCUGGUCAUCCCGCCGAAGCCCAACGAGUGGCGUCCCGCCAAGCGGAUGAAGAACCUCGACCUGCCUUUCGACCCGGACUCCGCCGCAUCCGCCGCCUCCUCCGAUCUCUCCCGGUUCCAGUCCCAGUCCAGGUCCCUCGACGAGGAGGCCAACGCCGCCGCCGCCGUGUCGUACGGCCUCACCGUCCGCCGGAGAGAGGACGGCGGCGAGCUGUCGGGGGACGGUGAGGACAAGCCCGAAGCGCCCGGGAAAUUGGGUAGGCUAGAUGAUUCCGGACUGAAACUGAGGGAGGAGCUGGCGACGUUGGGGGACGAUCCGGGGUACGAGGACAUGCCGGUGGAGGAAUUUGCGGCGGCGUAUCUUAGGGGUUAUGGUUGGCAGGAGGGGAAAGGGGUGGGGAAGAACGCCAAGGAGGAUGUUCCGAUUAGGCAGAUUGAGAAGAGGGGUCGAGAGAGAUUUGGGCUGGGGUUUGAGCCCGAGAAGCCAGUGCUGGAAGAUAAGGCGAACGGGAGGGAUAGUCGGGGAGGUGGUGGGAGGUUUCGAGCGGGUAAAGAGGUGAGGAUUGUUGGGGGAAGUAGAGAAGACUUGUAUGGUUUGAAGGGAAAAAUCGUGGAAGUAGUGGGCGGCGAGUCGGUGAUCCUGAAUCUCUCGAGGAGAGAAGAGGAAGUCAAGGUCAGGAUCAAGGAUGUCACUGAGUUGGGUUCUGCUGAGGAAGAAAAGUUUCUGAGGAAGAUGAAGGAGCUUCGAAUUAAGAAUGAUAGUUCGGGUAGUCGUAAAAGGAGCGGUGAUGAAGGGAAGAGAGAUGUUCGAAAUGGUGGAGAUAAGAGGGGUGACAGUGGUAAAGUUGGGUGGCUGAUGAGUCACAUAAGGGUUAGAGUGACCAGCAAGGAUUUGAAAGGUGGGAGAUUGUAUCUGAAAAAGGGAAGGGUGGUCGAUGUUGUUGGACCUAAGAUUUGCGAUAUAUUGAUGGAUGAGAGCAAGGAACUUAUUCAAGGUGUAGAUCAGGAAUAUCUUGAGACUGCAUUACCCAAGCGUGGGGGUCCGGUUUUCGUUCUGUCUGGUCGUUAUAAGGGUGUCCAUGGGAGUUUAGUGGACAGGGAUUUUGACCGAGAGACUGGUGUAGUCCGUGAUGCUGAUAGUCAGGAGUUGUUCAAUGUGCGGCUUGAUCAAAUUGCUGAGUACGUUGGAGAUCCAAGCUUAAUUGGAUAUUGAUUUGCCUGAUGCCUCAACAGUGUCUCAAAGAUGGGUUUUGGCUCGUAUUUGCUCAUGGAGAAUUGGAUCCAUUGCUCUGCAGGGGUGGGUAUAUGAUGCAUUUGAAUUGCAGGGAUAUGGCUAAUAUAUGCUGAACAGCUAAAAUGUUAUGAGGAGCAGCAGAUGACCACCCAAGAUUUGAUACAGAUACUUCCUAUAUAUUCAUCGAACCAUCUGUGUUUGGAUCUUGACAUCCACAAUUCUUGGUAGUUCAUUUGUUUGCAUAGCUCUGUGAUGGAAAACCAUCUCAUCAAAAGUUGGAUGUUUGGCUGAUUUUGAUCAGUGCUACUGACAUCCAGGUUGCCGUAAGGAUGGGGAGACUGCAGGGCUGCUUUGUAACUUGUCCGAUUACUUCCAGGCGAUCAAAGUGAAGAGGUUCUCGCCUCCCUUGUUUCUGUCUCUUUCCCAGGGUCUCUUACUGGAGGAGAAAAAGAGGUUUGUUGCAUCUUCCUCCACCGUGCAGACACAAUAUUUGCUUCUGCAAGCAUUGUGGCGCGAUUUUAUCCAGUGUUCGUACUGGACUUGCAUCGAGUUUGUUCACUGCGAAGAUCCAGUAUAUCGCGCUUGUUAUCCUGACUAAGUGGGGACUGUGGUUCGAUGACUCGGAGAUUGUGUUGUCCCUGUUGUUUCCAAUUAGUGCCGCUUCCCGGUAGUCAUGUACUGCCUUAGCCACUUCUCAACCCCAUGUUGGAAGGGGCGAGUAGCUUUAAUUGACACUCUGUAAGGUUUCAUAUUUAAGAGACCGAACGGUGACUUUGCUAGAGAGUGUGUUUUGUGCUGCUAAGGAAAAUCACACUAUAGCUGUGAUAGAAAAACGGCGACAUUCCCAACUA